AUGGCUUCAAUAUUUGAAACUGUCAAGGGUCUCAGUAAUGGAAACCAAAUCGCAGAUAAAUCGAGCAGCCGCAUUCUCCACCCAAAUAUUCACCGUGCAAACCCAAAAGUUAUAUCUGCAAAGGGUCUUUAUAUGACUCUCGAAAAUGGGCAAAUUAUUCUUGAUGCUACUGGAGGUCCCGCGGUCACAUCAUUGGGCCAUGGGAACGAGGAAGUAAGGAAUGCAGUCAUACAACAGAUGGACCGUUUGUCCUAUUGCCAUGGUCUUUCCUGGGCCAAUCCGGCUGCAGAAGAGUUAGCCACAGCAGUCAUAGAUUCGACAGACGGAGCUAUGGCCAGAGCGACUAUGAUGGGAUCAGGCUCGGAAGCUGUAGAAGCAGCUUUGAAGCUUGCACGUCAGUACGCGGUGGAAAGUGGAGAACCAGAACGUUUUCGUUUCAUUGCUCGCAAAGGCGGAUUUCACGGGACGACGCUCGGAGCGCUAGCAGUUACAGAAAGACAUGGAGUACGAGACCCAUUCGAACCAUUGUUGAUGAUGGACAACAUCUCCUUUGUAUCAACCCCAAACCUUUACCGUGGAAUUCAGGAUGGUGAAACUACCGCAAAAUACGUUGAAAGGCUUGCAAAAGAGCUAGAUGAUGAGUUUAAGAGAGUUGGUCCGCAAGAAGUUGCUGCCUUCAUUGCUGAGACAUUUACUGGGAGCUCAACAGGUUGUCUUGGAGCACCUUUUGGAUACUUCCCCGCAGUCAAAGCCAUAUGUGAAAAACAUGGCAGUCUUCUCAUUCUCGAUGAAGUUAUUUGCGGCAUGGGUAGGACAGGCACAUAUCACGCUUGGCAGCAAGAAAAUGUAACACCAGACAUCCAAACCGUCGCAAAAGGCCUUGCAGGAGGAUAUUCCCCUAUUGCAAUGCUGCUCAUGAACCAGAAAGUAGUGGAUGGUCUACUUCUUGGUCGAGGAUUUUUUAACCAUGGCCAUACCUACGGUUUUCAUCCCGUCGCGUGCGCAGCUGCUGCCGAAGUUCAAAAGAUCCUAAAACGAGAUAAUCUGCUCCAAAAUGUUACUGCGAUGGGAGACUUGCUGGGAAGUGAAUUAAAGGAGGCAUUCAAAGACAAUCCAAACGUUGGGGAUAUACGAGGCCGUGGAUUGUUUUGGGCAGUCGAGUUUGUCAGCGAUAAAAGCUCGAAAAAGCCAUUCCCAGCCACAAAGGGGGUUGCAAGAAAAAUUAAGCAACUAGGAAUGACAGAAAAGCACAACAUAGCUCUACAAACAGGCUCGGGGACUGUGGAUGGUGAGGUUGGGGAUCACUUGCUGAUAUCACCACCGUAUACCGUCACGGCGGAGGAAAUUGAGACCAUUGUAAAACUUGCUGUCAGUGUUGUUGAAGAAGUACUGAGUCAAGUGUAG